GACUGCGGUCCUCGCUGUUCUCUCUCUUUCUCGCCAGAAAAGCGUUGUUCAGCUUUGAUACGGCGUCUCAUCAGACACACACACCUUACAAGAAUAUUCUCAAUUCAUUGAUGUCAAGUAACAGCAAUUCUGAGUCGUGCUCACCACCAAGAAAGAGGCCAAGGACUUGUGCAACGCAGAACGGUCUACCAGGGCAAUUUAAAAACGGGAUUUCAAACAUGGCUCCAGGAGAUGCAGACAUCGACGAGGGCUUGUAUUCCAGGCAACUGUAUGUGCUUGGUCAUGAGGCCAUGAAAAAGAUGGGGGCUUCAAACAUUCUGAUUUCUGGCUUAAAUGGGUUGGGAGUUGAAAUAGCAAAGAAUGUGAUUCUUGGUGGAGUGAAAUCUGUUACCCUUCAUGAUGCUGAUGUAUGCACAAUGUUGGACCUUGCUUCUCAGUUUUAUUUGAGCGAACAAGAUGUUGGAAAGAACCGAGCUGAGGCAUCCAUUGCUAAACUUGCUGAAUUGAAUAGCUACGUUCCCCUCAGCAUUCACAAAGGGGAAUUAACAAAUGAUGUGCUAGCAAAGUACCAGGUAACUUCAUAACAAUCGUGUUUUGUUUACUAGUUUGAUAA